UUAGGCGAAGUUCCUUAUCAAGUCCUAGAGUAGUUAUCAAGUAAUGUGAGUCUUUGACGAUUCUUAGCUGUCGUUUUCUUUUAUUUUACUGUAUAAAUAAUUUCAUAACAUCCAGUAAAAACGAAGAUAUGCAUGGGUUUCGCCUUUUGUGGUUACGUCGACGAACGAGUGAAAUAGUGUCUCAAAAUUACAAAAUCUCCAAACUAUUCUACUCCGAUGGGCCUAAACAUAAAUCGAGGAAUAUUGUCAAGUUACAUGAGAGGGGAAUGUACCAAGAGGUAUUUCCCAACACGAGCGUAAAUGUCAUUACAACGCUCGUUAAUCAGUCUUCCCAGUGUGUCUACGCAGGUUUUGACCCGACAGCAGAUAGCUUGCACGUUGGAAAUUUGUUAAUCUUGAUGAAUCUCUUGCAUUGGCAAAGGGGUGGUCACAAUGUCAUUGCUUUGGUAGGGGGUGCUACUGGAUUAAUAGGAGAUCCCAGCGAACGCACAAGCAUACGGGCCGUCAUCGCAAGAGAACAACUCGAGAGCAAUGCAAGAGCCAUCAAGAAAAAUAUCAAGUACAUAUUUGAUAACCAUGCCAAGUAUUUUUGGCAAAAAAGUGAACCCUUGAUACCUGUGAUGAUUGUUGAUAAUAAUGACUGGUACAAAAAUUUCAAUGUCAUUGACUUUGUCAGGGAUGUUGGAAAGUACUUCAGAAUGGGAACAAUGCUGUGCAAGAGUUCUGUUAAAUCCCGUUUAAAUUCAGAGACUGGCUUGAGCUUUACCGAGUUUACUUAUCAAAUGCUUCAAGCCUAUGACUGGCUACAUUUAUUCAAUCAGUACAAGUGUAAAUUUCAAAUUGGGGGAAGUGAUCAGUUAGGCAACAUAUCUGCUGGGCACGAACUCAUUAGUAGAGCGGCAAGGAAAGAUGUGUAUGCAUUCACGUUGCCUCUGAUAACGGCUGAAGGUGGAAAAAAAUUCGGAAAGUCUCUUGAAAAUGCCAUUUGGUUGUCUUCGAAGAAAUCAUCAAGCUUUGAUUUGUAUCAAUUUUUUAUAAGAACAACAGAUGCUGAUGUUGAGAGUUACUUGAAACUAUUUACUUUCUUGCCAAUCAAUCAAAUAAAUCAAAUAAUGGAGGUGCACAAAAAAAACCCGGAUAAUCGUAAAGCUCAAGAAAUAUUAGCUGAUAAUGUCACUUUACUAGUUCACGGAGAAGAAGGACUAACGGCUGCCAAAAAUGCAUCAUUAUUGUUGUAUGACAAGUCUUUGGAAUCACUAUCAGAAAUGACCCAAGACCAAGUUGUAAUGGCACUUGAGGGGGCAAAAGUUGUCAAUUUGAUCCUUGAUGGUGAAAUAACUGCUUUUGAUAUCGCCAUGAAAGCAAAUUGUUUUAAAACUGCACAGGAUGCCCACAGAAUAAUAAGGGCAGGUGGAUUUUACAUAAAUUACGAAAGAAUUAAAGAUCCUGACUUAAUGAUUGAACCAAGUGUACAUAUAUUACGAAAUAAUGUGACACUUUUACGAACUGGGAAAAAAACGUAUUAUAUUGUCAGGUGGUUAGAAUUACAAUCAGCAGAAAGUGUGUGAAG